AUGAUUCAUUCCCGGCUAGCGCUGCUGUGGUUUGCCGCCUAUGCUCUCUGCAGCCCGAUUGAGUGUCCACAGACGCAGUGCGAGACGUUGACAAACACGUGCGGAGAAUCCUACGGCGGCUGCUAUGAUGCCUGCCUAAGUCCGCUGACGAGCUUCUACACGGAGCCAGCUUGCUCUGCUUCCUCCAUUCUCAGCACAGUCACAGCCAGCCUUGAGCAGAAUGCAACCGUAACGACUGCAUCGGUCGCCGAGAUGCUUACAAACAGCCCCACUGUGACCGCGUCUCCGGAUGCCGCCCCCUCAUCUACGCCGUCGCCUGAAGCUCCAACAAUCACGACGAAUGUCGCACCCCAAAUCAAGGGCCCGCAGUGGGUCACCAGAACGGCUGAGGCACCGGCUAGCACAAUAAGCCCCGCCGCUGUGCUGGCCGAGGCGUGCGUGCCCGGAACAUUGUGUGUCGAUUUGAAAAACGAGUGUGGCAAGAGAUAUGGCGGGUAA